CUCUCUCUCUCUCUCUCUCUCUCUCUCUCUCUCUCUCUCUCUCUUUCUAACAUGCUAAAAAUAAAUACUUUUCCCUAAUAAACGAAACAUCAGCUUUAAAAAAAAUCACACUAUUAAUCACGCCGACCAUCAGGGUUAAAACAUGCACUUGCACGCAACAUUGGCAUACAACUGUUUGGACACAAGCACAGCCCGAAUCACGAACAUGCACCACUGGCAAUACAAAAUCCAACCCAACGCACGGUUCACCCAUUUUAGCAGCGACGUUACCAUGGUGAGGAUGGCAAACCAAAACUAAAUAUUUUCACACACCCGAAUAAAGCCGUGUAAAAGUAUGCACCACCGCUAAUGUACGGGGCCAAUGUGUUUGUUUGUUAUCAUCGUUCUUCUAUCUGCCGUUGACGCGUGUGGACGUGGAUAAGGUGCGGGUUUCGGGCCGCAGACUGGCUUCCCGUAACAUUAAGGCACAGAACAGUGUAAUUGAAGUGUGUUGAAGGUCUGGGCAUAGUUUGGUGUAAAAAUAUUAUUCGCUGUUUUUUUUUCUUUCUGAGCAAGACAUACUACCAAAAAACGGUUGCAACGGCCACUUCCAUUCACAGCCAAAAAGUGUUCCCAGAAGGGCGUGUGUUUGUGUGUUGGUUUGUUCGGUCGUGUGUCCUUGCAGUGCUUUAAAUAAAUUCUAAGUACAAACUACACAACCGAAAAGGAGAUGGCAAAAUCGGCAUCCUUUCUGUUCGAGGUCCGGCCACGGUCGGUUUCGAUCAAAGCGAAACCCGUUCGUAGUGUCAAAAGUGCUUCGGCUGCAAUGCGACCCGUUCCAGCAUUUUCGAUCGAAUCGCUCCAGAAGAACACCUACGUAAUGGGGCCACCGAAGGCGCAGAAACAACGAUACAUGAUACAACCGAAGGCGACAUCGUUUAGGAUGUAUUACGAACGGGGCGAUUUACCGAUCAAGAUGGAGUAUCUGACCGGUGGUGACAAGAUUGCCUGGACGGUCGACAUCGAUAAGCUCGAUUACGGACUGUAUCUGCCGCUGUUUUUUGAUGGGCUGUCGGAAACACGCCACCCCUACAAAACGUACGCCCGGCAGGGUGUACAGGACCUGUUGGCACACGGUGGCGACAAGAUCUAUCCCGUCAUUCCGCAGCUUAUUAUUCCGAUUAAGAAUGCACUCAACACACGCAACGUGGAAGUAAUGUGCGUUACGUUGAAAAUAAUUCAGCAGCUCGUAAUGUCGUCGGAUCUGAUCGGGCCAGCCCUUGUACCGUUCUAUCGCCAGCUGCUACCCAUGUUUAAUGCUUACAAGGUGAAAAACAUCAACUCGGGCGAUGCCAUCGAUUACGGCCAGAAGAACAACAUGAACGUGGGCGACCUAAUUGACGAAACGUUGCAGGUGCUGGAGCGGCACGGUGGCGAGGACGCUUUCAUCAACAUUAAGUACAUGGUACCGACGUACGAGUCAUGCUAUCUAAAUUAAACCACCACCGGUAUAGGUCGAGUGACCGGGUGCGGUUCGUUUGGUGGAUCGAUUCCCGUGUGAAACGCGCAGGAGACGCCAACGUGAGGACAUUCUCACAGACACCCGGUUCCCGGUGAGUCGUUUGUCAAGUGUCAAAGCAUUUACGCUUUUCGAUACAGUGGCGCAAUGGAGGAAAAGGGCAACGAGAAGAUGACGCACACGCAACACACAACACUUACACAAUUACACGAUCGACGUACGCAGCAUAUUGUGCCAAAAAUUAGAGUAAUGAACCUAUCGAUUGCCCGUUUAUAGUAAUAUACGUACAUACACGUUGCCGCACAUACCCACAUACCCAGGAAUCAGAAGUGUAGAUUAGGUGCAAUUGAAUCGUUAUAGAUAGGACGAUUCGUUAUAGAAGGUAGUCGUCUGCUAGGUAAUGAAAUUGGUGUGUUCUUUAGGUUAGAAAAAGGAAAAAAAGGCAUUUUUUUUGUUUUAGAUACUCACGAACUUUAGUAAUAGUACGAACGAAGCACAAAAAAUGUAAACCGCACACAUACGAACGUAAGUUAUACUGUUUAUAGAUCAAUUGACUUUGGACUUGGCGAAACUCGUGGGUUGUCAGUAAAGUGAUGUUACACUUUUCUGUUACUCCUAAAGAAUAGAAUCCUUUUGUUAAUUAUCCCUUUUAUAAAGUUUGAUAAAAAAAACAUUGAUAAUACCAGUUCAAUCUCUUAUCAACCUUUUUUGUCAUUACCUCUUUUUUAAAAUCAUAAUUCCCUAAUCAACCUUUUUGACUUUAGUUGCAUCAUUUGCAGUUUUUUUUAGAUACAAGAACGUUCUUUGGUUAGGUUGGUUCUUUGUAUUGUGUUAUGGAAAAAGAAAUCCAAUUUGUUUUCGUCAUAAAUGUAGAAAAUCACAGAAAUAUUCGAUCGACCACAAAAUAGUUUUAAACCAUUUGUGCAAAGUUGGAUUUCAAAAGAAACUCGACCAAUUAACACAAAAACAAAACAUAGUGGAUCGAAUUUCCAAUCUGCAAGGCAUUGGCAAAACAGUUACUGGAUAUUAAAACUAAGUCAAAUACGCCAAUAUGGUAUGAAUUCGAUUGUGGUCUUUGUGUGGUUAAAUAGCUUCAAUAGUGGACAAACCAAAUGUUUUACGCUGUACGUGGUGUGACUGGAAGAGAAUCUUAUAUUAUGAGUUGCUUCCGUACGGUCUAAUACUAAAUUUAGAUUUCUACUGUCAUUAACUGAAUCGUUUGAAGCGACUGAUUGAACAGAAACUGAAAAAAUUGUCAAACAUGAAAUGUCGGCUACACAUGUCAGAAACUUUAGGUCCUUGGUUUAUAAUUCUAAAUGCAACCAUCCCGUGGUCCGGACCUAGCAGCUAAAGAUUACCAUCUUUUUCUUGCAUUUCAAAAACAUCUUAGGUGAUCUGAAAUAGAGUUCAAGGGAAGAUAAUGAAAAUCGUUUACUAGAGCUUUUCGUCAGUAAGAACCAAGAAAUGUAUGAGAGACGCUACUUUUAAAAUGGCGCUGUUCACGAGAAGUAAGAAAUAAACAUGAGAUCGGACAUUAAAGACAAUGUGGCAUAUCAGAUCAGACUAGCGAUCAGUAAUCUUUAAAGAAUAACCUUCAAGAACCUCGAUGCUUUUAGCUCUGCAUUCUAACAUCUGACCUUAUAUUGAUUGAAGGGUUUUGUUAAAAUGAAAGAAAGGAGAGACAAAACUAACAUUGAGGAGUCAAACAAUAUGGGUCUGAUCUCUUAGAGUAAGAGCUAUCAGUUACGAUCGCCAUCUCCCAACUAUCACGGGUCCGAGUAAUUCAAGGACGGAAUAUCGAAAAGGAAGGGCAUCAAACUGAGAUACAUUGGCGUCGGUCGCUUUUUUUUCUUAAGGAACAUCCUUUUAGGUGACAUCAGCUGCAAAAGGUCAGAUCCUAAGGAUGUAUGGCAGUAGCUGACAAAUUCGACCCCUGAUUAAUUUAUUGUUCUAAACGAUUCUCAACACAACUCAAUAUCUAUUUUUCUUCGUUUGCUUCUGUGAUGAGAUUUAGGCUAUUUAUGUCCCGAUAAAUAACUCCAAUGGCUAUAUUUUUUUCCAUAUUUAAAAUGAAAAGUUGCAAUAACUUAUUUCGUGUGACAAGAUUCAUCAUGGUGCAAUUUUUCGUUUAAGUGCAUCGCUUUCUAAAAUACACACCCAAACCCAACAAUAUUUUCAGACAACCUUACAGAAUGACGAAACGAAACAUGAAAAAAAAUAUGUAAAAACAAAAAAAAAUCUUUCUUCUUUUCGGGUCACUUAAUUUCAAAGCAAUAAAGAAAGAAAAAUAACAAACA